CUUCUUCAUCCAUAAAGCCUCUUUCUCCACUUCUCCAAAACAUCCUUUCAGGAUGAACGCUACCGUCACCCAACAUUUCUCCAUUUUCUGUUUCUUCUUCUUCUCCUGAAUCAUUCCUCAACAUUUCCAUGGCAAUCACAUCUCUCUCUUCUCUCAGCUUCAAUCCCGACCGUCCACUUCUUCUCUUCUCCUCAUCCAAUGGCCCUUCUUCUUCUUCCUCCUCCUCUUUCUUCACUGGUGGCACCCAUUUCCGGACCCACAAGAGUCUCGCCUGUGUAAACUUACCUUCUUCUUCUCUAUCCAGUAAAAGGGUCUCUGUGGUGGUUGCUGCUUCUUCGGACUAUUAUUCCACACUUGGGGUUCCCAAAUCUGCCAGUAGCAAGGAAAUCAAGGCGGCUUAUCGAAAGUUAGCUCGCCAGUAUCAUCCUGAUGUCAACAAACAACCUGGAGCCACCGAAAAGUUCAAGGAGAUUAGUGCUGCAUAUGAGGUGCUAUCAGAUGAUAAAAAGAGGUCUUUGUAUGAUCAAUUUGGUGAAGCUGGAGUGAAGAGCGGUGUCGGGGGACAAGCUGGUGCUUAUACGACUAAUCCUUUUGAUCUAUUUGAAACCUUCUUUGGACCAAGCAUGGGUGGGUUCUCUGGUAUGGACCAAGCUGGAUUCAGAACACGGCGGCGUACUACUGUCUCUAAAGGUGAAGAUAUACGUUAUGACAUGACUUUAAAAUUUUCUGAGGCUAUAUUUGGGGCUGAAAAGGAAUUUGAGCUUUCCCAUCUGGAAACAUGUGAAGUUUGCACUGGUACUGGAGCAAAGAUAGGCUCCAAGAUGAGGAUAUGCUCAACUUGUGGUGGCAGGGGUCAAGUUAUGCGAACUGAACAAACACCUUUUGGCUUGUUUUCGCAGAGAGUGAACUCUGAAGAUAGGAGUGUAAAUGAGAAAACUAUUAAUGCUUGGCAACUCUAUACUUACAGAUAUAGAACAUCAUGACGCAGAAGUAUCAGU